AUGUCAAACAGUCCUGCGCCUGCAUCCAGAGUAGCCGACUAUUUCUUUGUGGCAGGACUCCAUGAUAGCCUUUUAAUACCAACAUACGAAUCUGCAAAGAAAUACCAAAGAACAGGUGACAGUGACGUAUCUUAUUACCAGCAACAGGAACAGGCAGUGUCAGGUAAUGCAGCCAUGGCAGAGUCUCCACCACCACUCGACACGAUGGAGUCCAACGUACGACCUGUAGUGGGCAAUCGUGGUCGUGGUUAUACAGUGGCCGAGCCACCAAUGUUACGUUCCACUCUAUCGGAAGCAGCCACUUCCGCUUCCUUGUUGGGCGUACUAGACCACGUACAAAAUGUCAUUGAUAAUUUCGACAAGGAGAGAGACACAGCCCGAGACAAUGUCAUUGCAGUACAAGGCCCUUACACGGAGAAAUACAAACGAAGCGAUAGCGACAAGACGAUUACAAUGAACUCCAAUCAUAGAUCCAGCGUCUACUCAAUAGACGAAGCAACUCGACGCAUGUCCAUCAGAGAUGCCCAUACAUCGACAUCUACCAGAAAGUGGAGAAGCCCAUCUGAUCCCAAAAUCUUGGACAAGACAAAGCGGUACUCCACUAUGUCUGUGCAAAAGUCAACAUCGACAGAAAGUGUGCCAGCAAUUCCCUUGGAGCCAGAGGCUGUGCCCAACAUACUUGAUCUCAAGUACACGCCUACUGUAUUGAUGCGAUAUCCAAAAGCCAACUACUCGAUUGAUACGCCUUUUCCUGCUUAUGUAGCCAUGUUUUGCUUUCCAAGAGAUGUGUCCCUGUAUUGUGGCGAUAUACCACCCCCACCAGAACAGUGUCACUCAUUCACAAUGACAGACGAAAACGGAGCGACAGUGUAUGGCACAUGUGUCGUAUUUUAUGAGCGACUGACAGACAAACUCAAGAAGCCAGUGAACGAUGCUAUCCGAGAGUGGGUCAAAGCCAAUAUGGCUACCAGCACAAUAGAAUAUGCGCAACAUUUGCAGGGAAAGAUCGAUGUAGAAAAGGCAGAAUUAGAAAAAGCAACCAAGGAUCAGGCACAGAUGACGGUUGGCUUAUCGAAGCAGGAAAAAGAUGGCCACUUGGCAGAGAUUGAAGAGCGGAUCCGAACUUGCCAUGAGAACAUUGGACUUUAUAAAGAGUUGCUGGAGCCUGUCAAGAUGGGCGUGUGCACUGCAGAUGACGUUUGGGUGCCCAAAAGCAUUGGCUUGCUAGGAAAACUGCCUUGGAUGGAUCUGUUUAGUGAUUGGAUUCGUAUCUUGCUGGAUAACAUUGUGGGUGUGGGUGGCCAUCGCAACAAUGCAAAUCCUACCAUCGAUAUUGAGUCCACCGUGAUCAAUUUGAUUGAGGAAGUGCCAUUGCCGCCUCCUGGCCGCUUCGAGAUAGGACUGACCAUCAACAAGAGACCGCUGUUCUUUUCAAGGCCGCCUAUCAAUCAAGUGCCCAUAUUGAAGAAUUUUUCUUUAUUUCCUCUGUUCCGUGCUCUAUCACCUCAUCUGAUUCUUGCAGUGUUAGAGACUCUACUAGCAGAAGGCAAAGUUGUAUUUUUAUCCAAGUAUUCAGGGAUGCUUUCACUUGCAUGCGAGUCAUUUCGUUACUUGCUGUUUCCCUUUUAUUGGCAAUUUGUGUUUAUUCCGGUUUUACCAGAGAGACUCUUGACAUGCUUGCAAGCCCCUGUGCCCUACAUGAUUGGCUUUCAGGGCAACAUGCUAGACUUGGAAGACCACGCACCAGAAGAUGUUUGUAUAGUGAACCUGGACAGCAACAGUAUGCAUCAGAGCCAGAGAUCGAUGUCGAUACCCGACAGACAGAGACGCAAGCUUCAAUCUGCACUAGAACAGUAUGCUCCUCUGCACACCAAAUGCAAAAUCCCCUAUGGAGUCCCUCUGCCUGUACAGUGCACUUUUCCCAAGGGCAAGAUGAUCCUAAACUGCACCCGUUCCAAAGCGACAGACAUCUUUAUCAGCCCUGCCAGAUCAAGGGACUCUGAAAGCUCAGAUACAACUUCUGUCUGGUCUCACCCUGCAUCCUUCAUGUCCAAGCCCUCUGGCUUUUGGUCAAGCAAUGCAAGCACACGAAGCUCCAACGAGUCGUCUACGUCCAUCAGUAACACGACACCAAUCAAAUCCAACACUCCUAUUCCACCCAAGAUUAAUACAACAACAGAGCACAUGCUGCCCCAGUUUCCUGGAUCUGCAAUGCUGUCCACCAGUGCUGGCAACUACGCAUCCUCUUCGACAAGCUCAUUGCAUAGCCCUCCUAUGAGCCCCAUUAGACCCACUACAAGCAUCCAAUCCAUACAGUCUACUUCCUCCAAUCUCUCGCGCUCUCCCAACCAACGUGUCUCCAUGCCAGCUCCCAUGACAGCUGCAAAUGUCACUCCACUGGACAAACAAAACUCGUACAGAAAAGCCAACUACAGACGCUCUGAGCCUCCUCCCAAGCCCACAGAACAAGACAACUCGUCAAAGACACGGCUUGUCAACUUCAUGUCCAAACCAAAGGCCGUGUUCCAGCAGCUGGAGCAUACCGAGCCGAGUACUAACAAUGUAGCAUCCUCGCCUCGCAUCUCUAUCACUUACAAUGAUACUUUUGAUCACGGCUAUCACAACCAAGUGCCGCGUCGUGUCAAGCACAUUGAAGGGCACAUCAUGGCCGAGAUUUUCACCUCCGAGUUGGGCAGAUUUCAAGGCUAUCGUUGUGUAUGUGGAAGACAGGUAGCAGAGGACGAUGAAGAGAGCCAGAGAAAACCUCGCAUGUUUAUGUGCUGUCAAGAAUGCCAUCUCGUGACGCACGACACUUGCACAGAUCAAAUUUUGCAUCCCUGUUUGCCUGCCUGCUUUGACGAGCAAAAAGUGCAUGACGCCUUUAUUCGCAUGUUUGCUUCCUUGCUAUACAAUUAUCGCACUGGAUUUGUGGAUCAUCUGGAAUCAAGCUCCAUUACAGCCAAUGAUGCCAAUGGCAAUGCUAAAAAGGGCGUUUAUUUCUCCAAGGAAAGGUUUUUGAAGCAUUCCGACAAGGAUACACGGGGCUUUCUGUCAAACUUGAGCAAUUCGCAAAUGUUUACUCAGUUCAUCACCGAUAGAUUACUCAAGUCGAGUCAAGAUCCCGAGAUUCUGGUGUUUGAUGAAUACAUCAAGCUCAAGCUGAACCGCUCUAAGCUCAAGUUUGUCAAGGAAGAGACGCCUUUUCUCAAUGAUGAAUCAUUCAGAGUGUCGCAGAUCAUCUGGGCAACACCACCACCCAAUGUAAAGGUCAUUAACCAAGGCGAUUGUAAGAGAUUCCCCACCAAUCUUCGGUUCCUGCAAGAGCAUUCCACUGCCACUACUCUUACUACUAAUAAUUAUAAUGCUGCUACUACUACUACUACUACUACUACUACUACUUAG